UUUUAUUGUCGCCUGAGAGGAGCUGCUGUAAUGGCGGUGUCUCGUCGCUCCUCGCAGCAGCAAAGCACCAUACAGUCUCCGCCGAGAAACAGCUCUCUCUCGGCUGCUCCGGGCUCUCCUCCGCCGAUGGCCCUGAUCGUUCCCCCGGAGAGUGAGAGGGAAUGCGCCGGAGGGAUCGACGUCGCUCCGGCCUCCCCGGACCUCCCAGUCCCGGUGCUACCGAGCAGUGCGAGCUUCUCCACGACAACAACCUCCGGAGGCAGUGGCAGCAGCGUCUCCAGCCCCGGAUCCGGAGCCUCCAGCCCGGCGGACGGCAGCAGCGGAGGGGCCUUCAGGGAGCUGUUCGAGGCCUGUCGGAACGGAGACGUUUCCCGUGUGAAGAGACUGGUGGACUCGGUGAAUGUAAACGCGAAGGACAUGGCUGGUCGAAAAUCAACCCCGCUCCACUUCGCUGCGGGUUUUGGCAGAAAGGAUGUGGUGGAGCACCUCCUGCAGACGGGGGCCAAUGUUCACGCCAGGGAUGAUGGAGGACUUAUCCCCCUGCAUAACGCCUGCUCUUUCGGCCACGCAGAAGUUGUCAGCCUCCUCUUGUGUCAGGGAGCAGACCCCAACGCCAGAGAUAACUGGAACUACACCCCGUUACACGAGGCUGCCAUCAAGGGAAAGAUAGACGUCUGCAUUGUGUUACUCCAGCAUGGCGCAGAUCCAAAUAUCCGCAACACUGACGGAAAAUCUGCUCUGGAUCUAGCCGACCCUUCAGCCAAGGCUGUUCUCACCGGUGAAUACAAGAAGGAUGAACUUCUGGAAGCAGCAAGGAGUGGAAAUGAAGAAAAGCUGAUGGCACUGCUGACUCCAUUAAAUGUGAACUGCCAUGCCAGCGAUGGACGCAAGUCAACAUCCCAAAAAAUGCUGUCCACGCCGCUGCACCUGGCCGCCGGAUACAACCGCGUCCGCAUCGUCCAGCUCCUCCUGCAGCACGGGGCCGAUGUUCACGCCAAGGACAAGGGUGGCCUGGUUCCUCUUCACAACGCCUGCUCCUACGGCCACUUUGAGGUCACCGAGCUCCUGCUUAAACACGGCGCCUGUGUGAACGCGAUGGACCUGUGGCAGUUCACUCCUCUCCACGAGGCGGCCUCGAAGAACAGAGUGGAAGUCUGUUCGCUGCUCCUGAGCCACGGAGCCGACCCCACGCUGCUCAACUGCCACAGCAAGAGCGCCGUGGACAUGGCCCCCACCCCCGAGCUGAAAGAAAGACUCUCCUACGAGUUCAAAGGUCACUCACUGCUGCAGGCGGCCCGGGAGGCGGACAUGGCCAAAGUGAAGAAGACUCUGGCUCUGGAGAUCAUCAGCUUCAAACACCCUCAGACCAACGAGACCGCGCUGCACUGUGCCGUGGCCUCCCCUCACCCCAAGAGGAAGCAGGUGACUGAGCUGUUGCUGCGUAAAGGAGCCAACAUCAACGAGAAGAACAAAGACUUCAUGACUCCGCUGCACGUUGCCGCUGAGAGAGCUCACAACGACAUCCUGGAGGUGCUGCAGAAACACGGAGCGAAGGUGAACGCGGUGGACACACUCGGCCAGACGUCUCUCCACAGAGCGGCGCUCGCCGGUCACAUCCAGACCUGCAAGCUGCUGCUGAGCUUCGGGGCCGACGCCUCCAUCGUGUCUCUGCAGGGCUUCACCGCCGCGCAGAUGGGCAACGAGGCCGUGCAGCAGAUCCUCAACGAAAAUGUCCCCACACGUAACUCUGAUGUGGACUACAGAUUCCUGGAGGCGGCCAAAGCAGGAGAUCUGGACACAGUGCAGCAACUGUGCACGCCCCAGAACGUGAACUGUCGGGAUCUGGAGGGCCGUCACUCGACUCCUCUGCACUUCGCAGCCGGGUACAACAGAGUGGCUGUCGUCGAGUAUCUGUUGCACCACGGAGCCGACGUCCACGCCAAAGACAAGGGCGGUCUGGUUCCUCUCCACAACGCCUGCUCCUACGGACACUAUGAAGUGGCCGAGCUGCUGGUCAGACACGGAGCCUCGGUGAACGUGGCCGACCUCUGGAAGUUCACCCCGCUCCACGAGGCUGCAGCCAAGGGCAAAUAUGAGAUCUGCAAACUGCUGCUCAAACACGGAGCCGACCCGUCCAAGAAGAACCGUGAUGGCAACAUGCCUCUGGACAUGGUGAAGGACGGAGACACGGACAUCCAGGACCUCCUGAGGGGAGACGCCGCUCUGCUGGACGCCGCCAAGAAGGGCUGCCUGGCAAGGGUCCAGAAACUCUGCUCCCCCGAAAACAUCAACUGCAGAGACACACAGGGACGCAACUCCACCCCGCUGCACCUCGCAGCCGGCUACAACAACCUGGAGGUGGCGGAGUAUCUCCUGGAGCACGGAGCGGAUGUGAACGCCCAGGACAAAGGAGGCCUUAUCCCUCUGCAUAAUGCUGCUUCUUAUGGGCAUGUGGACAUUGCCGCCCUCCUCAUCAAGUACAACACGUGUGUGAACGCUACAGAUAAAUGGGCUUUCACGCCGCUCCACGAGGCGGCGCAGAAGGGCCGAACGCAGCUCUGCGCGCUGCUGCUGGCUCACGGAGCCGACCCCACCAUGAAGAACCAGGAGGGCCAGACCGCACUGGACUUGGCCACGGCUGAUGAUAUCCGGGCCCUGCUGAUGGACGCCAUGCCUCCGGACGCUCUGCCCAGCUGCUUCAAGCCUCAGGCCACCGUGGUCUCUGCCUCCGUCAUCUCCCCCGCCUCCACUCCUUCCUGCCUGUCGGCCGCCAGCAGCAUCGAUAACCUCUCCGGUCCUCUCGCUGAACUGGCCUCCGCCUCCGGGUCCUCCGGGGUGGCCGACGGAGCCUCGGGCACCGACCGCAAGGAAGGGGACAUUGCCAUGCUGGACAUGAACAUAAGUCAAUUCAUGAAGAGCCUGGGCCUGGAGCACCUGAGGGACAUCUUUGAGAGGGAGCAGAUCUCUAUGGAUGUGCUGGCUGACAUGGGUCACGAGGAGCUGAAGGAAAUAGGAAUCAAUGCCUAUGGACACCGACACAAACUCAUCAAGGGAGUAGAGAGGCUGCUGGGCGGCCAGCAAGGUGGAAACCCCUACCUGUCGUUCCACUGUGCGAAUCAGGGCACGAUCCUGAUCGACCUCGCUACCGACGACAAGGAGUACCAGUCUGUGGAGGAGGAGUUGCAGAGCACCAUCAGAGAGCACAGAGACGGAGGAAACGCCGGCGGUGUGUUCAGCAAAUACAACAUCAUCAAGAUCCAGAAGGUGGUGAAUAAGAAGCUGAGGGAGCGCUACACACACCGCCAGAAGGAGAUCGCAGACGAGAACCACAACCACCACAACGAGAGGAUGCUGUUCCACGGUUCCCCCUUCAUCAACGCCAUCAUCCACAAAGGCUUCGACGAGCGGCACGCGUACAUCGGAGGGAUGUUCGGAGCGGGGAUCUACUUUGCGGAGAAUUCCUCAAAGAGCAAUCAGUACGUGUACGGCAUCGGAGGAGGAACCGGCUGCCCGACCCACAAAGACCGGUCCUGCUACCUGUGCCACAGGCAGAUGCUGUUCUGCAGAGUGACUCUGGGGAAGUCCUUCCUGCAGUUCAGUGCCAUGAAGAUGGCCCACGCCCCCCCCGGACAUCACUCUGUCAUCGGGAGGCCGAGCGUCAACGGCCUGGCCUACGCUGAGUACGUCAUCUACAGAGGAGAGCAGGCCUACCCGGAGUACCUCAUCACCUACCAGAUCCUUAAACCGGAGAUCACAGCUCAGUCUGCUGCCGCCGCGGAGCAGAAGUCGUAGUCUCACACACACACACACACACACACACACACACACACACACACACACACACACACACACACACACACACACACACACACACACAAAAAGGACUAUUUCUCCUUUGUGUUGCAAAUGCCUAAACACCUUUCAUCCACCCAACACAUUUCCAGUCUCCAGUGCAGUAGGUCCCGUGGUGCCCAGUGCUUCAUGAGCAGAUGUGCUGUAUAAUACUCGUGGUUAUGAAGACACUCUUAUUUUAUUUUUUGCAUCGGCUGCAUGUUAAUACAGACGCAUGUGAAGAGUCUCCCCCCCCCCCUGCUUGUAGAGACUAUGAAGUAUCAGCAUUAACAGUCUGUUGUCUCAUGCCUUGUGACUUGUGCAAAACCCCUAACACACACACACACUCACACACACACACACACGUCAGUCAGAUUUUUUUCCUUGCAUCACAGCAGCACAACAACAAGACACAUAUUUAAAGAGGCCCUAUUAUGCUUUUUUGGGGGUUUACCCUUGAAUGUAGUCUGUUCUAUAGGUUUCUGUGCAUGUCAAUGGUCUGCAGAGGCUAAAAUCCCUCUGUUCCCUCAAUUGGACUCCUUUGUUUACUCCAACACAGUGUACGUGAUAGGCUAAGGGGGCGGGACAUCUCCAAGAACCAAUCACAACAGAGCCGACCAGCUCACCUAUCAGAGCAGACUGGGCUCUGGUUUCCGACAGAGGGUGAAAAGAGGGAAAAAGUAUGUAAACAUGUAGGGGCACAACAUACACAUCUGAGAGCAUAAUUAUUUUAAGACAAGAAACAAACAUUUGAUAUAAUAUUCAAUCACAAUUUGGGAUUUUACCCCGUAUUUAAUUUCAGGAUUGUUUGUGCACAUAAAGAGGGCCUUAUUUAACAAUUCUUUUUUUAAAGGUAAUAAUUCAUAUUUACUCUUCAGCACAUGAUUUGGCUCGAUGACAAUGUCGAUAUAUUAUUAUUAUAGUAGGUGGAUUCAUAGACUGUUUGACUUGUGGAGAAACCCUUGGACCAUGUAGUGUUCAUAAUCACAAACACAUUUGAGUGUACUCGCCUAAAAAUGACCUUUUUUGCAGAUGUAUUUAAUGUGGUCUUUCCAGGACACACACACACACACACACACACACACACACACACAGCCUGUAACCUAUGGACUACUACUGCCCCACCUCAUCGUGUACAAAAUGGCCUCUGGUUACCGUGAUUUAUUUUUAUUUUUUAAAGCUAAUUUAGAGAACACUACCAAACAGUGUGUCGUUGCUGUGCUGUAAUGUAAGGCUGACUUUCCCACAUUUCACCCCCCCCCCCCUUCUGCCCGACAACACUACGGACGCUGAAAUGAAAUGUUUUUUUUAGUGUUUUUGUUUAGAGAGAAAAGGGCUCUCUGUCAAAUCACACACAUGUUAUGGUCACUAUUACAAUAUUAAGACUGUGGAAAUGCAAUGUAAGGCAUCAUGAUGACACAAUCGUAAAUGAAAGCGUGGUAUAUUAAAUGCAUUAAAUAUAUAUAUAUAUGACUGUGCUUUGAAGAGAGGGUUCAAAUGUGUGUUUGUGAUGCCUUACAUGUUUAACUCCCUGUAUCCAGCCACAAAGCACCCGUUCUGUUACUCUCCCACGCGUAAGGAUUUGCACUUUUACAUAGAAGCCUAUUUAAGUUAUUUUGAAUUUAAAAAUCGCAAAUUUUUCGGGAAUAUUUGUAUAGGUUGUGUAAAUGGUUGUGUAUAACUGUUGCUGUUUAACAGUUUCUUUUGAGUUCAACUGUAAAUGACAUCUGAAUUUCCUCCUCUUCCUCUUCCUCUUCCUCAUGCCUUGAUUCUCCCAACUUUUUUUUUGUUUUUUAAUAAAUGUCGCAUUAACAGC